ACGGCAGUGUUGCAGGCUACGCACAAUGCGUCACUGCAAUCGCCACACCCUGAUGUGAAGCGCUCGAGCUGCACAUGUGUUUUCCUUCAGCAAGAUGGCGGCGCCCAUUGAUCUAGAGUUGAAGAAGGCUUUCGCAGAGCUGCAGUCUAAAGUAAUUGACACCCAGCAGAAAGCGAAGAUGGCAGAUCUGCAAAUUGAUCAACUGAACCGUGUAAAGAAACAUGCUAAUUUGACACAUGUCGAAUUAACACCGCUUCCAGAGACCACGCGCAUGUACGAAGGAGUUGGACGAAUGUUCAUCCUGCAGUCCAAAGAUGAGAUCAGUAAACAGCUGACAGACAAGCAGAAGACUGCAGAUGACAAGAUCAAAGAACUGGAGCAAAAGAAGACGUACCUGGAGCGCAGCGUAAAGGAGGCAGAAGACAACAUUCGAGAGAUGUUGAUGUCCAGAAGAGCCCAGUGAUCCAUGUUUACACACACACACACACACACACACACACACACACACACACACACACACACACACACACACACACACACUCGUAGGAAUAUAUUUUCUCAUCUUUGCAAAAACAUGUUGUGAAAUCCUGUAAUGCACAUUUAUGUGGGGAGUUACCGGUAAAUAGAGAGGAACCAACUAUGGUGCCUCUUGGUAUGAUUUUUUUAGGAGUCAAAAUGUCAACGCCAUCAACACCUGAUCAGAGCAGUAGCUUAAACUCUUUUUAGUUAGCAUUUUGUAUGUCAAUAAAUGAAGUGUUUCUGUUAACACAACACUUUGACACGCCAAUUAAAUUGUUUUUGUUAUUUA